AUGGGAGACCUGGUCAUCUGGGAUAUGGAGAAGGCUAAGGCUCCUCCAGGAAAGGUAGAGGAAGUGGUGAAGUACGCGGUUGAUGCCGGCUACCGUCACUUCGACUGUGCCUAUUUCUACCAGAAUGAGAAUGAGAUCGGGAAUGCAGUCAAGCAGAAGAUCAAGGAGGGGGCCGUGAAACGGGAAGACCUCUUCAUUGUCACAAAGUUGUGGAGCACAUUUCAUGAGAAGUCCCUGGUUAAGGUAGCGUGCAAGAAGAGCCUCGAUGCACUGCAACUGGACUACCUUGACCUCUACCUGAUGCACUUCCCUAUGGGAUUCAAGGCUGGUGAAGAGCUGCAUCCUCUGGAUGACAAGGGUAUGAGUAUCCCCAGUGACACAAAUUUUCUGGACACAUGGGAGGCCAUGGAAGAGCUGGUGGACUGUGGUCUGGUAAAAGCUAUUGGUGUAUCUAACUUUAACCAUGAGCAGAUUGAAAGAAUCUUGAACAAGCCAGGACUAAAAUACAAGCCAGUAAUGAACCAGGUUGAAUGUCAUCCAUACCUCACCCAGGAAAAGUUGAUCAAGUACUGUAAAUCCAAAGGGAUUGCUGUGACUGCAUAUAGCCCCCUUGGCUCUCCUAACCGCCCAUGGGCCAAGCCAGGGGACCCUACGCUGAUGGACGAUCCCAAGAUAAAAGAGAUCGCAGCUAGACAUCAUAAAAGCCCUGCUCAGGUUCUGAUCCGGUUUCUCAUUCAAAGAGAUGUGAUUGUCAUUCCCAAGUCUGACAAACCACAGCGGGUUGAGGAGAACAUCAAGGUAUUUGACUUUGAACUGUCUAAAAAGGAGAUGGAUGUCAUCCUCAGCUUCAACAGGAACUGGAGGGCAGUUCCAGUGCUCCAAGCUGUCAAUCACAAGGACUAUCCAUUCAAAGCGGAGUAUUAA